AUGCAAGUUAAUGAAAUUUUCCUUGACCGGUACCACAUUACAGCUCUUCUCGGUUCAGGUGGCUUUGGCAAUGUCUAUAAAGCUUAUGACCUCAAAUCCAAUCAAGAAUUCGCCAUAAAGAUCGACGUUAAAAAACGAAACCAAACACUUGUGGAAUCAAAAAUUCUCUUAGAUUUACAAGGAGGGGAAGGGAUUCCUAAGCUCCACACAGCUGGAAAAUAUGCCGAUUUAAGCUACAUGAUCACAGAGCUCCUUGGUCCUAAUUUGAAUACAUUGAGAGAAGACAGAGGGAAGAAGUUUCAAUUAAAUUCUGUGGUUACAAUAGGAUGCCAAGCUUUAGACAGGCUAGAAUAUAUUCACAGCAAAGGAUAUUGCCAUAAAGAUGUCAAACCGUCUCAGUUUCUUCUGUCUCUAGAUAAGAAAAAGAUUUAUGUUUGCGAUUUUGGUCUCUCCUGCAAAUAUAUUUAUGGGAAUUCUCAUAUUCCUUUCCGUGGACAUUGCAGCAGAGUCGGUAGUCCGAGCUUUGCUUCUCUUAAUCUUCACUUAGGUUUUCAGUGCUCCCGCAGAGACGACUUAGAGUCUUUGUCAUAUAUGCUUAUAUUAAUGUUAAAAGGCAGUUUGCCAUGGAAUCAAAACAAAUUUGAGUACGCUGAGAAAUGGCAGAGUAUAUAUGGAGUCAAAGCAAGAAUGAGCAUUUCAUCUUUAUGCUCAGGCUGCCCAGCUGAAAUAGAGAAAUUUUUAAGCUAUACAAGAGAGCUGAAAUUUGAAGAAAAGCCGGACUAUCGAUACCUUAAAUCGCUGCUUAUUAGUGCUGCCACAGUUGAUUAUGCUCCUGAGUAUCUUGAAUGGAUAAAUCUUGAUGAGCUAAUUGAAAUUAAAAAGAAAAGCAAAAAACAUCAUAGGAAUAAAUCAUUUGCCCAUGGGGAGAAAGAAAGUGAAGAAAAUGGAAGUUUUGGCUCAAUUUCGUCUUCUCAGAAGAGAUCAAGGAGGAAAAACAUAAAAAAUAAGACGCUUAUACUUAAACAUAAUGAAGGGCUAAAAGAAGGGAUUAGAAAGGUUUCGACUGUAUCCAGAUUAGAUAAAACCGCAGAAAAUAGCAGCAAUGAAAAAAAUAAAAACUCAAGCGGCGAGCUGGGGUUGAUUGUUUUGCAUAAGGUGAAAAUUAGUAUGCAUCGUAAGAUGGGAUCGGAGGAAAAUCCUAAUGAGUGUCCUCAGAUAACUCCAAGUGAGCCAAUUAUAAGAAGAAUGAUGUCCGGGCUGCAUGAAAUUGAUAUGAGCACCACAACUCAAAUUCCGCAAGUUGAUGAGCUAACCCCAAAAUCAGGCUUGCCACAGUUGUUAGAUAGAAAAAUAUUAAAAGACGCAAAAGAGAAAUUCCAAGAGACUGAGAUAGCUCCAAAAAUAAUUUACAAUAAUUAUCCAAUAACAAGAAAAGACGAGAAUGAUGUUUCACGCAAUAAUGUUUCGUGUGAAAAAUGUAUCAUAUAUUAA